GGGAGGGAGGGCUGUGGGGGGCAGCAGGACCCCGAGUCGAACAAAACCAGGGAUGUUCGGGCAUGUGAUGCACGAUAGCCCGUGAAGCACCGUCCGGAUUGCACCUCGCCACAGCCCCGUUGGUAAAGCCAUCCAUCGCCAUGAGCUGUCUGGAUGUUAUGUACCAAGUGUAUGGUCCUCAGCCUUACUUUGCAGCAGCUUACAGCCCUUACCACCACCAGAAAUUAGCCUUUUAUUCGAAAAUGCAAGAAGCCGCCGAGAGCACAAGCGUCAGUGGAUCAUUUGCUGCCCACGGCUCCACCAUCAAGGAAGAGGAAUCAAGUGGUGAAAAAGAGCGUCCACCUGAAGCGGAAUACAUCAGCUCCCGAUGCGUCCUCUUCACUUACUUUCAGGGUGACAUUAGCAGUGUUGUUGAUGAACAUUUUACACGGGCGCUGAGCCAACCGAGCAGUUACACUGCUGCCAGCGACAGCUCCAAAUCUUCAAGAGGAACUACGAGUUCUUGGAGAGAGGCAUCCUUUCCAAUGAAUCAGCGGGGCUUCCCUCCAUCUUUCUGGAACAGCACAUACCAGUCCUCAGUGUCAGCCAGUUUGAGCAGCAGUCUGGGCAGUGCUCUGGCUGGCACCCCCACCGAACUGCCCUUUGGGGCUGACCCGUACUCAAGUGCAUCUUUGCACACUCACCUACACCAGGGGCCCCCCGAGCCCUGGCACCACCAUCACUACUCGCUGGGGGGCACCAUAAGCACACAGAGCUCUGCCUAUACACGACCUGCCAUGCACGAUGUGUAUGGAAUGGGCACACCCUUUGACCCACGCUACAGCUCACUGUUGAUGCCCUCAGUCAGACCGCACCGGCUUCCCACCAUGUCCACGCCCCAGUGUGACUUAGCCAAAAGUGACCCCACCUCUGCCUGGAGCACUGGGGCCUUCCCAGGACCCACCAGCGACAUGAGUCAGACCCUCAACCUCAAUGUGGACGCAGGUCUGCAACAUCAGGACAAAAACAAGGAUCUUUACUGGUUUUAGAACACUCUCCGGCUACUGCGUUUGGCUACCCUGUGUUUUCUACCUGAAACAUUUCUCUUGCUCCAUAAUACAGUAUGUAACAAGUUUUGAUCUCGGUUUCAGCUCGCCGUUACUCUCUCUGUGGUGGACCCCUGUUAAGCUGAGUGUUCUUUACACAACAAAGUGCUUCAAUCAAAAAACAAAAACUUUAAAUUUUUUUUUAGAGAAAAAAAAUCUUCCAAAACUUCUCAAUCGACAGAAUUGUGG